CCACCAAGGUCAAAUGUGGGAUGAAGAAGGGCAUCGGUUGCCCAUGGCACUGCUCUGCUUAUCCCUCUCAGUCGUCCCAGCUCCCCAUGAGGCAGCUGUGAGCAUCUCCACGUCUACAGAGUCAUGUCAUGCCCAGGCCGGCAGCGGGCUCCAUGAGGAUUCCUAGAAGAUGCCCCAAGUCUCCGCACCUCUGGUGCUGCUUCCUGUGUGGCUUGUGACAGUGGCCUGCAGUCCCCACGCCCUGAGGAUUGCUGCUAUCUUGGAUGACCCCAUGGAGUGCAGCAGAGGGGAGCGGCUCUCCAUCACCCUGGCCAAGAACCGCAUCAAUCGUGCUCCUGAGAGGCUGGGCAAAGCCAAGGUCGAAGUGGACAUCUUUGAGCUCCUCAGAGACAGCGAAUAUGAGACUGCAGAAACCAUGUGUCAGAUCCUCCCCAAGGGCGUAGUCGCAGUCCUGGGACCAUCCUCCAGCCCGGCCUCCAGCUCCAUCAUCAGCAACAUCUGUGGGGAGAAGGAGGUCCCUCAUUUCAAAGUGGCCCCAGAGGAGUUUAUCAAGUUCCAGCUCCAGAGAUUCACCACCUUGAACCUGCACCCCAGCAACACCGACAUCAGCGUGGCUGUGGCUGGGGUCCUGAACUUCUUCAACUGCACCACGGCCUGCCUCGUCUGUGCCAAAGCGGAAUGCCUUUUAAACCUGGAGAAGCUGCUCCGGCAAUUCCUUAUCUCCAAGGAUACACUCUCAGUCCGGAUGCUGGAUGACACCAGGGACCCCACCCCACUCCUCAAAGAGAUUCGGGACGACAAGACAGCCACCGUCAUCGUCCACGCCAGUGCCUCUGUGUCCCACACCAUCCUCCAGAAGGCAGCUGAGCUAGGGAUGGUGUCAGCCUAUUACACUUACAUCUUCACUAAUCUGGAGUUCUCGCUCCAGAGUGUGGACAGCCUCGUGGAUGACCGUGUCAACAUCCUGGGAUUUUCCAUUUUCAACCAAUCCCACACUUUCUUCCGAGAGUUUGCACAGAGCCUCAACCAGUCCUGGCAGGAGAACUGUGACCACGCACCCUUCCGCGGGCCCGCACUCUCCUCGGCCCUGCUGUUCGAUGCCCUCUAUGCUGUGGUGACUGCGGUGCGGGAGCUGAACCGGAGCCAGGAGAUCGGCGUGAAGGCCCUGUCCUGUGGCUCAGCCCAGAUCUGGCAGCAUGGCACCAGCCUCAUGAACUACCUGCGCAUGGUAGAAUUGGAAGGUCUCACCGGCCACAUUGAAUUCAACAGCAAAGGCCAGAGGUCCAACUAUGCCUUGAAAAUCUUACAGUUCACCAGGAAUGGCUUUCGGCAGAUUGGCCAGUGGCACGUGGCAGAUGGCCUCAGCAUGGACAGCGGCCUCUAUGCCUCCAACACGUCCAACAGUCUCUUCAACACCACCCUGGUCGUCACCACCAUUCUGGAAAACCCAUAUUUAAUGCUGAAGGGGAAUCACCAGGAGAUGGAAGGCAAUGACCGCUACGAGGGCUUCUGUGUGGACAUGCUCAAAGAGCUAGCAGAGAUCCUCCGGUUCAACUACAGGAUCCGCCUGGUUGGGGAUGGCGUGUAUGGCGUUCCCGAGGCCAAUGGCACCUGGACAGGAAUGGUCGGGGAGCUGAUCACGAGGAAAGCAGACCUGGCUGUGGCUGGCCUCACCAUUACCGCUGAGCGUGAGAAGGUGAUUGAUUUCUCCAAGCCGUUCAUGACUCUGGGGAUUAGCAUUCUUUACCGCGUUCACAUGGGACGCAAGCCCGGCUACUUCUCCUUCCUGGACCCGUUUUCUCCAGGUGUCUGGCUCUUCAUGCUUCUCGCUUACCUGGCCGUCAGCUGCAUCCUCUUCCUGGUGGCGCGGUUGACCCCUUACGAGUGGUACAGCCCGCACGCCUGUGCGCGGGGCCGGUGCGGCCUACUGGUGAACCAGUACUCCCUGGGCAACAGCCUCUGGUUUCCGGUCGGGGGCUUCAUGCAGCAGGGCUCUACCAUCGCGCCGCGAGCCUUGUCCACACGCUGUGUCAGCGGUGUCUGGUGGGCAUUCACGCUGAUCAUCAUCUCAUCCUACACGGCCAACUUGGCCGCCUUCCUGACAGUGCAGCGCAUGGACGUGCCCAUUGAGUCGGUGGACGACCUGGCUGACCAGACCACCAUCGAGUACGGCACCAUCCACGGCGGCUCCAGCAUGACCUUCUUCCAAAACUCCCGCUACCAGACCUACCAGCGCAUGUGGAAUUACAUGUACUCCAAGCAGCCGAGCGUGUUCGUGAAGAGCACAGAGGAGGGGGUUGCCAGGGUGCUGAACUCCAACUAUGCCUUCCUCCUGGAGUCCACCAUGAACGAGUACCACCGGCAGCGGAACUGCAACCUCACGCAGGUUGGGGGCCUGCUGGACACCAAGGGCUACGGCAUCGGCAUGCCUGUCGGCUCAGCCUUCCGGGACGAGUUCGACCUGGCCAUCCUCCAGCUGCAGGAAAACAACCGCCUGGAGAUUCUGAAGCGCAAGUGGUGGGAAGGGGGUAAGUGCCCCAAGGAGGAAGACCACAGAGCCAGAGGACUGGGAAUGGAGAAUAUUGGUGGAAUCUUUGUGGUUCUUAUUUGUGGCUUAAUCGUGGCCAUUUUUAUGGCUAUGUUGGAGUUUUUAUGGACUCUCCGACACUCAGAAGCUACCGAGGCAGAAAGACCAGGCCACGUGUUCCUUUCCCUGAGAAGCCUUCCCCAGGUCUCCCGCCUCUUCCCCAGACCAGAAGCGUUUGUCCUUCCUCUGCCUUUCACCUCUGCACCGCGCACAGAGCAGGCACGCCUGCAUGCAGUGCGGGCUGUGGUGUGUAGCACACAGAUGGCAGUCAGUACAUGCGUGCUGUGACAUUCUGUCACAUGUAGCAGAUCGGCAGGUGGUGUUGUUUCACCUGAUGUAGUUAUUAUUAGGAGCACAGAGAAGUCAAGGACCUUGCCUAGAUCUCGGCUACUUAGUAACAAUAGGGUGUUUAGAGUCCAGGUCUCAGUUCUUACCUCAGGCCGUCCUCUUUUAAAUGACGCCACUUCUCAGUAGCCGCUUCAAGUAGAGGAUCGGUGAACAUUUGGUACUUCCCUAAGAGCUCGCCCAUGGCCUGGCCAGACCUUGAAAACUUCAGUGAGGACUCCCAAUAGGAAGAUGAAGA